AUGAUUACAAUAAUAAUGUAUGUAUAUAUAUGGUACCUUCAUUCAUAUAUAUAUACGUACCUUUAUUAUUUAUUUAUUACAAAGGUAUCUAUACGAAGGUACGAGCAGAAAAUCCUGGCAGUGGAUUUUUCCGAGUCCCCCGGUGAAGUUUUCCCUGUGAAAGGACUGCAGCGCACGCUCUCACACCUGGAACACGAGCGCCGGUACAAGGGACUCUUCCAAGCCGCAUCCCCCGAAGUAUCGGCCGCCAUGCACUCCCUCUCGAGCCCCCACGCAAUGACAUGGCACCGCGUCUGCCCCUUCGAGCCGCGGCUCCAGAUGGCCUCGCACCUCUGCAAGAUGCGCAUUCGACAGGAACUCGACCUCCCCAUGCCCUGCCUCACCGACGCGCACAACAACCAGCGUCUCGCGCACUGCUGCAACCCGCCUCACGUGGCCCUCGAACCUCGCCACGCUUUCAACCACCUAAUCUGCGUCCACACCAGCAACGCAGGAGGCAACCAGACCAGGACACACGACAAGGUAAAAUUCGCCGUUCAAGCAGUCUGCAAGCUGGGCGGCCUGAUCACGUUCACCGAGCCCAUCGGCGAGAUACCGGGUACCACGAACCGGAACGGCAACACCAACAACCUGCGACCAGACAUCCGAGUCGACGGCCUGCGAGACACCGGCAUCACAAUCCUCGCAGACGUCUCCAUCACCCACAUUAUGGACUCGGCAGUCAACCACACGAGCCAACCACGACCCCGCCAAGGCAACUCGGCCCCCAACAGCGACCCCAUCAUGAGACGCGAGACUGACAAGAAUAACAAGUACAAGGCGGCGGCCACGGCGGUGCAUAAGGAAUUCAUCCCGCUCGUGAUGGACACGUACGGAAGGAUGGGCAAACCGUUCCUCAACUUCCUCAAAGACGUCGCCGCACUCACCGCCCGCCGAGCCUCGGGCAACGUCAACGAGCGGACGCAAGCCAUCUACGACUCCAUCGACCCGCCGAACGAGCUCCGAAACCGUAUCCACCUCCGAAACCUCGCCCUCGUACACGUCGCGCUUAUCAUCUCGCUCAUGCAAAGGGUCGCCGGAUCGACCGUCACCAACGACCGCCAGCACGGCGCUCGUGGCGGAAUGUACGGAGCACACGAACACUACGUGCAGCCGUACCCGGUCACUAAUUUCUAA